AUGGCGAGAGUUAAGCAGGAGAAUGAUAGCAGCCAAGAACCAGCGCCAGAGUGCAGCACUGCAUGCUCUCUAACUGAUGAUGAUUUCAGCCAACAACAUUAUCUAAUCCCUGGCUAUAAUCUAAUAUUCAUCAAAGAGGAAGAAUAUGUUGAGCAAGAGGCAGAAGGAUGUUCAGUGGAGAGUGAACCGGAGAUGUGGCCUUCAAACUGCAGCACAUCUGAAACUGCCAAUGCAACAGAAGUGGGUGGACUGAAUGCACAUCCAAUCUCUCCCAUGGAAGAGUGCACUGAGCCAUCUGUGGCUGGCAAAAAGAUCAAGCUCUACAGCUGUGCUGACUGCAGCUAUAAAACUCCAUCGAUCACUCAUUGGAAGAGACACAUGACGAAACACACUGGGGAAAAGACUUUCAGUUGUGAUUUAUGUGACUAUAAAUGUACUCGAUCAAGUAAUUUGAAGAUACAUAUCAGAACACAUACAGGAGAAACACCUUUCAGCUGCAGGUAUUGUGACUAUAAAUGUACUCGAUCAAGUAAUUUGAAGAUACAUAUCAGAACACAUACAGGAGAAACACCUUUCAGCUGCGAGUAUUGUGACUAUAAAUGUGCUCGAUCAAGUAAUUUGAAAAAACAUAUCAGAACACAUACAGGAGAAACACCUUUCAGCUGCAAGUAUUGUGACUAUAAAUGUGCUCGAUCUGAUACUUUGAAGGAACAUAUCAAAACACAUACAGGAGAAACACCUUUCAGCUGCGAGUAUUGUGAGUAUAAAUGUGCUCGAUCAAGUGCUUUGAAGGAACAUAUUAGAACACAUACUGGAGAAACACCUUUCAGCUGCAAGUAUUGUGACUAUAAAUGUGCUCGAUCAAGUGAUUUGAAAUCACAUAUCAGAACACAUACAGGAGAAACACCUUUCAGCUGCAAGUAUUGUGACUAUAAAUGUGCUCGAUCUGAUACUUUGAAGGAACAUAUCAAAACACAUACAGGAGAAACACCUUUCAGCUGCGAGUAUUGUGAGUAUAAAUGUGCUCGAUCAAGUGCUUUGAAGGAACAUAUUAGAACACAUACAGGAGAAACACCUUUCAGCUGCGAGUAUUGUGACUAUAAAUGUGCUCGAUCAAGUAAUUUGAAAAGACAUAUAAGAACACAUCAUAAAGGAGAAACAACCACCAGCUGAAAAUUUGUGACUUUACAUGUGCUCAUUCAAAUUCAUUUUACUGUUUCCUAGUAAGGUGGUCACUAAUAACAGGACAAGUGUAUUGAACAUGUGUGUACACACAAAUGUCGUCCUUAUUGUCGUGUCAUCACAGCUAAAGGCUUCAAACAACAUUUUUUGAGGUUCUGAGUAAGUAUCGGCUCACACCUCCCCAUCCCUCUAUUUAAAUUGCCAGGGUUGCCCUGGACUGGCGUCUGUGGAGGGGCGGAGUGGGGGAUGCUGCUCACAGUGUGGUGUGUGCCGGCGGGUGGUUGGGGACGGCUGGGCUCCUCGCGGUGUUGGGUGUCCUCCACAUACACCACGGUUGUCAUCUCACAACACUGAAAUUCUCUCCUUUCUGAGAGGUGAUAGGCCAUGCUUUGGCACUACCUGGAGGGAGGGGAGUCGCUAGGAGUGGUGGGAGAGUAGUGGCAGUCAUCACCGUCGUUGUAGUGCAUGGCAACAGGUCAAAACUUGUCAGAAAUGGUCUCCUAGUGUCUUCCAGACGAGCCUUUGUCACUGACUCCGGUCUGCCUCCAGAUCAAGUGGUGUUCGGUUCGUCCUCUUAGUGACCCCUACCGGUCACCAAAGGUCACCUGACCUGCUUUUUUCUUUAGAUAAAUGAAAACUUAAACUCAAAUAGUGCAGCAAAGAAAAAAUAA